AUGCAAACCUAUCCGCCUAUCCUCGAUUCGAUUUGGUCAGCAUCUGAUACCAAAGAGUUUCCCAACCCGGCGCACGUCAACGAGCUUGUAUGCGAAACAGACAAGGUCCGGAAGCAGAUUGAGGAUAAUCGGGACAAGGGCUGUGCCAUUGCUGUCUACCUUUUUGUCCUCGUCAUGUGGACUCUGAUGAAACUUGCCCAUGACUGGGCUUUGCUGGCAGAUGUAGCAGAAGACUUUACACUACCGAUCGACUGGCUUUCGUGGGCUUUUCACUUGCAGGAAUCCUUGGUAGCCAUUCGCUGGGCCGCUGCUGCGACCGGUGUUUUUGUCUCCAGAGUGCCUGAAGGUAAUGGUGCUUGCUAUUACCAACUGCAGCCUUUCGCAACUUUGACGGCCUUGGGUGCGGCGCUUUUGCUGCUAUACUUUAGUCAUGUGAAGAUGAACAACUUGGUCCUAUCCCUUGUGAACUACUAUUGCAAAAUAUUCAGCGUGCCAUACGGGGCAGUUAAGGGCAUAGCUGCGUCGCAGCCUUUGCUGACCAAAGGAUUGCAUGGAGAUUCCGUGUUCUACCUGCACCUGCGACACAUCAGCAGCUUGAAUGUCGAAACCGGAAAACUGGCUGUCAGCCAAGCUUGGUCUUUGGCCCCCGUGGUGUUCCUCAAACUUGCUACUCUGCUGGCAGCUGCUGCGACUCUGGUCAUUGGUGGCGCUUUGGCAGCUUCUGUGCUCGUUACUGUGAUACAGGAGGCUCUUGGAGACUGGCGCAGUCUUCGGGCCAUUGACAAGCUCACAGUAUCUGCUCAACUUCUCCUUUCUACUGCAUUGCUUCUGUUGGCGUUGAGCACGUCUGGUGGGGCCUGGAACAUAACUCAGGGCAACUUUUGCGUUUGCCCAUGGUUGCCCGGGCCUCAGCACAUCCUGAUCAGCCGAAGAGCUACGCAAGCGGUGCUUGUGGACCUGAACUUCCGUAUGCGCUGA